CAACAUCAUGACAACAGAGAAGAGUUUAGUGGCUGAGGCUGAAAAUUCACAGCACCAACAACAGAAGGAAGAGGGAGAGGGAGCUAUAAACUCAGGCCAACAAGAAACUCAGCUGGGAGAGGUUUCUCAAGCAGCAGCUGAGGGAGAUAAUCAGUGUGAGCAGAAGCUGAAAACAUCUAAUGGAGACACUCCUACACAUGAAGACUUGACCAAGAACAAAGAGCGGACAUCAGAAAACAGGGGCCUGUCACGGCUGUUCUCCUCAUUUCUCAAAAGGCCUAAAUCUCAGGUCUCUGAGGAAGAAGGCAAAGAAGUAGAGUCAGCUAAAGAGAAAGGUGAAGAAGGUCAGAAAGACAUAGAAUUUGCAACCAGUCUUGAUGAAGAAGUCAUUUUAAAGGCCCCAAUUGCAGCUCCUGAACCUGAACUCAAAACAGACCCAUCCUUGGAUCUUCACUCAUUAAGCAGUGCAGAAACACAGCCUGCUCAGGAAGAACGCACAGAAGAUCCAGAUUUUGAAACUAAGGAAGGAGGAGGAGUUGAAGAGUGCUCUAAAAUAGAAGUGAAAGAAGAAAGCCCUGAAUCAAAAGCAGAAAGAGAAUUAAAAGCUUCCCAGAAAUCAAUCAGAAGACACAGAAACAUGCAUUGCAAGGUUUCUUUGUUGGAUGACACAGUUUAUGAAUGUGUUGUAGAAAAACAUGCAAAAGGACAAGAUUUACUUAAGCGAGUGUGUGAGCACCUCAAUCUUUUGGAAGAAGACUACUUUGGUCUAGCCAUUUGGGAUAAUGAAACCUCCAAGACAUGGCUGGAUUCUGCCAAAGAAAUAAAAAAGCAGGUUCGUGGUAUCCCUUGGAAUUUCACAUUUAAUGUAAAGGUAAAGUUUUAUCCACCUGACCCAGCACAGUUAACAGAAGAUAUAACAAGAUAUUAUUUAUGUCUUCAACUUCGACAAGACAUAGUUGCAGGACGUCUGCCCUGUUCCUUUGCAACUUUAGCUUUAUUAGGUUCUUAUACCAUCCAGUCUGAGCUGGGCGAUUAUGACCCUGAACUCCAUGGUGCGGAUUAUGUUAGUGAUUUUAAACUGGCCCCAAAUCAGACCAAGGAACUUGAAGAGAAAGUCAUGGAACUGCAUAAGUCAUACAGGUCCAUGACUCCAGCUCAAGCUGACCUGGAAUUUCUUGAGAAUGCCAAAAAGUUGUCUAUGUAUGGUGUUGACCUUCAUAAAGCAAAGGACUUGGAGGGAGUGGACAUCAUCCUAGGUGUCUGCUCUAGUGGCCUUCUGGUUUACAAAGAUAAGCUGAGAAUUAACCGCUUUCCUUGGCCCAAAGUGCUGAAGAUUUCUUAUAAACGUAGCAGCUUUUUUAUCAAGAUUCGGCCUGGAGAGCAAGAACAGUAUGAAAGUACCAUCGGAUUCAAACUUCCCAGUUACCGAGCAGCUAAGAAAUUAUGGAAAGUCUGUGUAGAGCAUCACACAUUUUUCAGACUGACAUCUACAGACACCCUUCCUAAAAGCAAAUUUCUUGCACUGGGAUCCAAAUUUCGAUACAGUGGCCGAACUCAAGCUCAAACCAGACAAGCUAGUGCUCUGAUUGACAGGCCAGCCCCACACUUCGAGCGUACAGCAAGCAAACGGGCAUCCCGGAGCCUUGAUGGAGCGGCUGUCGAUUCAACAGACCGAAGUCCUCGGCCCACUUCUGCACCGGCCAUUGCUCAGAGUCAGGACACAGAAGGCAGUGUGCCAGGUGCACCUGCCAAAAAAACAGUGGUUUCUAAAGCACAGAAGGAAACAGAGAAGGUUGAAGUGAAAAAGGAAGAAGUGCCACCUGAGCAAGCUGAGCCAGAGCCCACAGAAGUGUGGAAGGGGGAAAAAACCCACAUCGAGGUCACAGUACCCACCUCAAAUGGUGACCAAACACAGAAAAAGAGAGAGAGACUAGAUGGUGAAAACAUUUAUAUCAGACAUAGCAAUUUAAUGUUGGAGGAUUUAGACAAAAGUCAAGAAGAGAUCAAAAAACAUCAUGCCAGCAUCAGUGAACUGAAAAAGAACUUCAUGGAAUCUGUACCUGAACCACGGCCUAGUGAGUGGGAUAAACGCUUAUCCACUCACUCCCCGUUCCGAACACUUAACAUCAAUGGCCAAAUCCCAACAGGAGAAGGAAAUAUAAAUGGCAUUCGCACAGAGGAGGCGGCUGCCGUGACAAAGGGGCCAUCUACCAACCCUGACUCUGAAUGGGAGGGCCCCGAGCAUUCAGUAAUUCCUAGUAAGAGCCAAAUGACUACCCCCACGGAGUCUCCACAAAGCUUUGACUUUGGCUCCCUCUCCAUAAGCAGCAAGGAAACAGAAGAGAAGGAGCAGGGGGCUGCUGGCCAUCUUGAUAUUAAGGAAAUGCCAGGAGGCCCAAGUGGGGAAUGUAUAGGAGUGGAGGAACAGGCCAGUGCCUUAAAGUUCUCAGUAUCACCAGCUUCCUCUCAGCUGCAACUUGGUGAAAAAAAGGCAGAGAGUAGUGAAGAACAUGUUACACCAGGAGAGCCACUUGGAAAGCAAAAUGGAUCAUUUCCUGACUCUUGUGUGGGUAACCAGUUCCCCACCCUCAUUCGAAGUUUCCAGCCUCCUCUGGUGAAGACUCAGACCGUCACCAUCUCAGACACGGCCAAUGCCGUGAAAAGUGAGAUCCCAACCAAAGACGUCCCUAUUGUCCACACUGAGACCAAGACCAUCACCUACGAGGCUGCUCAGACUGACGAGAGCAAUGGGGACUUGGACCCAGGAGUCUUGCUGACAGCUCAGACCAUCACCUCUGAGACCACCAGCAGCACCACCACCACUCAGAUUACCAAGACUGUCAAAGGUGGGAUAUCAGAGACCCGGAUUGAAAAGAGAAUUGUGAUCACAGGAGAUGCCGAUAUUGACCAUGACCAGGUCCUGGUGCAGGCCAUCAAGGAGGCGAAGGAGCAGCACCCGGACAUGUCAGUGACCAAGGUGGUCGUCCAUCAGGAGACUGAAAUCUCUGAGGAAUGAGCUCAGGAAUCACUUACCCCCGACUCCCUGCCCGUCUCCCAUCCAAGAGAAAACCAGAGAAACGGCAAAGAAGCUAACCUGCAAUAGUCAGACUUCAGACUUUCAAGGUUCUAAACCACCAGAAAAUUAAUUUCAUUUUCUAUUUGGAGUUUAUACCAACAGAGUCUUUUAGACAUCACUGACCUUUUGAAUACCUUUUUCUAUAUUGUGAUACUAGAACUGUUCAACUUUUCACUCUACGAACUGUUUUUAAAGAGCUUUUUGGUUUUUUAUGGGGUGGUUUGUAACCCCUUCAGCCCAGCCUCUCCCCAUUGGUUUCCAACCCAGAUGCUGACAGGGCCCACAGAAUUCUUCUGGAAGCCUCCAAAGACUGUCCGCUGUGUUGGGGCCAAAGCCAGCUGCGUGGGGCUGCCCUGCUCUCCCCUCGUUUUAUACCCUUUGGGCGACAGUAGAAACUUUAAAAACCAGCCCUUUCUCAGAGCCAAUGAUGUGACUUCACAGGAAUGUCGGGCAGGGUGCUGCCCCGAUCCACAGACCCAGCAGAGCCCCUGUCCCUUUGCGGAGGGUGGUUUGGGGGAGCAGAGACCUCUGCCAAGAAUGUGGUAUUGCUUUUCCUUCCUCCCUCCUGUUCUUUCUUUUUGGAGAUUCUUUAGAUCAAAGAUUAAGAAGUUGCUCAGCUC